CUCCCACCGCCCUCAGCCUUCAAGCCCAAGCCAAGGGAGGUGCCCUCUGAGCUAGCUAAGGAAAGGAGGCGGGGAUUGGAGCGUGUGAAGAGGAGAGGGAGGGACGGGUUCUCCUCGCCACUCACCGCUGGUGGCCGCAGGCGCCCUGCGCUGCCACCGUCUCCGGGCGGAGCUGCACCCGGAGCCGCGACUGUAUUGAGAACGUGUGAAUGUCCGCGUGGACCAGGGCCGCGCGGGUCCCGCGCCUCCUACGGCUGCCUCCCGCGUGCUGCUGUGUAUGUUCGCUUCUUGUCACUGUGCUCCGAGAGGCAGAAGGACUAUGAAGAUGAUUCACUUUCGGAGCUCCAGUAUCAAAUCGCUCAACCAGGAGAUGAAAUGCACCAUUCGACUGCUGGACGACUCGGAGGUCUCCUGCCAUAUCCAGAGGGAAACGAAAGGGCAGUUUCUUAUUGAAUACAUCUGCAACUACUAUAGCUUGCUGGAAAAGGACUACUUUGGAAUUCGCUAUGUGGACCCAGAGAAGCAAAGGCACUGGCUUGAGCCUAACAAGUCCAUCUUCAAGCAAAUGAAAUCUCAUCCACCAUACACCAUGUGCUUUAGAGUGAAAUUCUACCCACAUGAACCCUUGAAGAUUAAAGAAGAGCUCACAAGGUACCUACUAUAUUUGCAAAUUAAAAGAGACAUUUUUCAUGGUCGACUGCUGUGUUCCUUUUCUGAUGCUGCCUAUCUGGGUGCUUGUAUCGUUCAAGCUGAGUUUGGUGAUUACUAUCCUGAUGAGCAUCCUGAGAAUUAUAUCAGUGAGUUUGAGAUUUUUCCCAAGCAGUCACAGAAAUUGGAAAGAAAAAUCAUGGAAAUUCAUAACAACGAACUAAGAGGUCAGAGCCCAGCAAUUGCUGAAUUCAACUUACUCUUAAAAGCUCAUACAUUGGAAACUUAUGGAGUGGAUCCUCACCCAUGCAAGGAUUCAAGAGGUGCUACAGCAUUUUUAGGAUUCACUGCUGCAGGUUUCGUCGUAUUCCAGGGAAAUAAAAGAAUCCAUUUGAGAAAAUGGUCAGAUGUCUGCAAAUUGAAGUUUGAAGGGAAGACAUUUUACGUGAUUGGUUCCCAGAAAGAGAAAAAUGCUGUUUUGGCAUUCCAUACUUCAACACCAGCUGCCUGCAAACAUUUAUGGAAAUGUGGGGUAGAAAACCAAGCCUUUUAUAAGUAUGCAAAGUCCAGUCAGAUCAAGACUGUGUCAAGCAGCAAGAUAUUUUUUAAAGGAAGUAGAUUUCGAUACAGUGGUAAAGUUGCUAAAGAGGUGGUAGAGGCAAGCUCCAAAAUCCAGAGGGAUCCUCCUGAGGUGCAUAGAGUCAACAUUACUCAGAGUCGCAGCUUUCACUCCUUGAACAAACAGCUCAUCAUCAACAUGGAACCUUUGCAGCCCCUGCUUCCUUCCCCCACUGAACAGGAAGAAGAAGUUCCUGUGGGUGAGGGUGCCCCACUGCCUAAAAUGGAUGUGUCUGAGCCCCUAAUUGCCAGCUCACCAGUGAAGGGAGCACAGUGUGCAGAUCCUCCAGAUGAAGAGGAAGAUAGAGUAAAAGAAGACCCCUUGACCAUCUCUGAACUAGCGUACAAUCCCAUCGCCAGCCUGCUUCCUACCCCAGUGGAUGAUGAUGAAAUCAACAUGCUCUUUGACUGUCCAUCCAGGCUCGAGUUAGAAAGAGAAGACACGGAUUCAUUUGAGGAACUUGAAGCAGAUGAAAAUGCUUUUUUAAUUGCUGAAGAGGAGGAGUUGAAGGAAGCUCGCCAAGCUUUGUCAUGGAGCUAUUCAAUCCUGACCGGCCAUAUCUGGGUUAACCCCCUGGUCAAGAGUUUCUCCAGGCUCCUUGUGGUGGGCCUGGGACUGCUGCUGUUUGUAUUUCCCCUGCUCCUCCUCCUUUUGGAGUCAGGUAUUGAUCUCUCCUUCUUAUGCGAAAUCCGUCAGACACCAGAGUUUGAGCAGUUUCACUAUGAAUACUAUUGUCCCCUGAAGGAGUGGGUGGCUGGGAAGGUCAACAUCGUCCUCUACAUGCUGGGUUGUUCAUAAAAUACAUAUCUGAUAAGACGAAGGGCUAUCUUCAAUACUAGUAGUAGCAUUUUCAGUAGAUGCUAGGUUGUUAUUGGCCUUCAGUUGUCAAGAGGUAGUCUUAACUCUUGACUCUUAACUCUCUUAACUGACUGCUCAAACCUUGAAAUCAGUUUUCUGUACUUCAUUGAAUUUAAGUCGAUUUAAAUCAAAUACAAUACUUUGAGUUAUUCUUCAAAAAUGCAGUCAUGAAGAA